AUGACGAUACAAAAGGGCAACCUAACUGCAACGGCCAGCAGCCAUGCCCAUGCGAGGCUCAUAUUCCGAUUCGCAUCUUUACCUUCACAGCCAAAGCAACUGCAAUUCAAACAUAGACAGAGCCAUGCCCUCAACAACAACAACAACAACAACUACUACUACUACUACUACUACUACUACUACUACUACUACUACGACGACGACGACGACGACGACGACGACGACGAAGACGUUCUUCUCGCCGAUGGCCGGCAGCCCCACCAAGUCGCCGCUGUCGGUGCAGCGCCCCACGAUGUCGCCGCGCAAGCGCAAGUUCAGCGACGCCUCGGCCGCGACGCCCACAUCGCUCGAUGA